AUGGCUUCCCGUUUCGGCGGGCGUGGAUCUACGAAUAACCCGAGGGCAACAUCUUCAACAGUGUGUCAGAAGUGCCUUGGGAAAGGCCACUUUAUCUAUGAGUGCAAGAAUCAAAAGCCGUAUCUCGCACGACCUUCUCGGACGGCGGUGCUCGAAAAGCCCGAGUUAUUGAAGCCUAGGGAUGAACCAAGUGUGGAACUACCGGAAGAGUUCAAGCCGAAGUGUGUGGUUUUCUGA